AUGGAGCUCGGACCGCCACCGAUACGGACGGAGGCGAGGCUGCGCGACAGGAAACCGAAGCCCAAGAACCGCAUAGUAAUCCCGCUGGCCUCGAAGCCGCGCGACUAUGUCCCCGGCAGCGGCCCCCCGUUGCAGCGCAUCUGCCUGCUCCCGCCCGCCGACUCGACCGCCUACAUCGUCGAGCGCAUCCUGCUGCCCUCUCCCGGGCUGGCGUCCAACGGAAAGCCGCUCCCGAAGCGAAUGACGUACAUUGUCGGAUGGCGGGACCUCCCGGCUGCGACGCUGCUCGUGCCAGCCAUGAAGAUCCUCGACUACGUGUCCCCCCGCGCGCUUGAGGAAUGGGAGUGGAACCUGGAGAUGCAGCUGGAGGAGGACCGCAAGAAGCUGGUCGAGGAGAAGCAGAAGGAGCUGGAGCAGCCGGUCGAGGAACGGAAGAAGGCGGGCAAGAAGAGGGGACGGCCGCCGGCACAUACCGCCAUCGAGGCCGGCGCCGUCGCCGAGCAGCCUGAGACGGACGCCCAGGCGCGACAUAAGGCGGGUGCCAUGAGCCUGUCCACGCCCAAGAAGAACAGAUUGGAGGACUUCGAAGGCCUGUCGGAUGAUGAAGACAUGAGUCCGUCGCGGCAACUGGCACGAGAGAUCGGUUGGGAAACUGGCGAAGAGUCUGGAGAAGCAUAUCAGGACGCCAUGGAGCUGGACUACGAGACAGCCGAAAACGCGGACUGGGAGCGGCCAACGGGUGUCUUCGAUGAGACUGACCGCAGCCGGGUCACAUCAGGCAAGUCGGCUCCUGGACGGUCAGAUCUGCUUUUUGGGACGAGUUCGGGAACGCAAUCGCCAUAUGAGACACCGCCGUUAACCAGUCUACCUGGGACACGGAAUCCGAAUCCAGCAACUCCCGCGAACGGGGGAUUUGUCUCGUUCAACUCCAUGAACGGAACAUAUAGUUCACAAAAAGCCGUCAUCCCUGUCAAGGGAGAAGGAACAACAACCACAACCCCCAAGACCAGGCCAGAACCGAACCCCGCAAAGAGACCGAGGCCGCGGCCGAGUACUUCGUCAAGCAGGAAGCCCGCAAAGACGCCGGCGUCGGAUUCGAAGCCAGUCGUGGACGAGAGCGGGGAGACGGCCUGGGUCGUGCGGUACAUUCAGGGCAUGGAGCUCUAUGAGGUCGAGGGCCGCGGCCUGGUACGUUACUUCAAGGUGCUGUGGGAGGGCGAUUGGCCGCCGGACCAGAACCCGACCUGGGAGCCCGAAGACAAUCUGCCAGCCAGCCUCGUCCGCAACUACCUUAAGCAGGAUAAAAGGCGGAGGCAAGCUGCGGCACGCGUCAAGCCUGGCAGCGAGAAGAAACCUGCGCCGGUGCCCAAGACUACCAAGCCGCGGCCGCUCCCGAAGCCGAAGCUGAUGACGGGCAAGCAGUACCGGUCUGUCAGCGACGCGUUCACAGGGGGCGAUGAGGUGGAGGAUUUGGGAUGGCCGAGCUCAUAUGGGGACAGCACACCGAGCGGCAGAGAGCCGUCUCGGAUGGAGGGCGGCGAUGACGCCGACGAAGAGCUGCUUGUGGUGAAAGAAGGAGCCGACGACCCGAAACCAGCAGCAUCAUGGAAAGGAGCAGGGGGUCCAUUGGGAACAUUCUUAUUUUGA